AUGCUGGAGGACCCGAGUAUCAAGUACACGCCCUACACCUCCCUGGACCUUGAGGAUCGACAAUGGCCCAGUAACAAAAUAUCGAAGCAUCCAAUUUGGCUGUCGACUGACUUGCGCGAUGGAAACCAGGCCCUGGCAAGACCAAUGACGGCCGACCAAAAGCUCUGUUUUUUCCGCCAUCUUGUUAAGUGCAACUUCAAAGAAAUCGAAGUGUCCUUCCCAUCGGCCAGCGACACCGACUUCGAGUUUGUGCGGACAUUGAUACAUCAGAACGAAAUCCCCGACGACGUCUGGAUUCAGGUACUCACGCCAGCCCGCGAAGAGCUUAUAAGGCGGACGUUCGAAUCUGUUGCUGGUGCUCGGCAUGUCAUUCUUCACAUUUACACCGCCGCUGCACCUUGCUUUCGUGAGAUCGUCUUCAACAAGACGAAGGAGGAGAUGCUUGAUGUUGCAGUCCGACAUAUCAAGAUCGUCCGCGCUCUGGCGGACGAAUACAGUGCGCGCUACGGAACAAAAUUCAGACUAGCAUACGGCGUGGAGGCCUUCUCCCAGACCGAGCCGGAGUACGUCGUCGAGAUCUGCACCGCGGCCAAGAAUGCGUGGGGGCUUGCAGGUUUAGGUGAUCGCCGCGUCACUUUCAAUCUUCCCUCCACGGUAGAGAUUGCACCCCCAAGCCACUUCGCAGACCAGAUAGAGUAUUUCUGCACACAUAUGGAGAACAGGAAUGAGAUGAUCGUCAGUCUUCACACGCACAACGAUCGCGGUACUGCAGUUGCCGCAACAGAACUUGCGAUGAUGGCUGGUGCGGAUCGUGUCGAGGGCUGUCUCUUCGGAAAUGGCGAGCGCUGUGGGAACGUGGAUCUCGUGACACUCGCACUGAACCUCUACACGCAGGGCAUUCCAUGCGGUCUUGACUUCAGCCAGAUCCAGUCUACCAUCGAUGUCGUGCUACAAUGCACUUCGAUUCCAGUGCAUCCGCGCCACCCAUAUUCGGGUGAGCUGGUCUUCACGGCGUUCUCGGGUACCCACCAAGACGCGAUCAAGAAAGGUUUCGAUACGCAGGCGCGGCGGCAUGCCGAGUGUGAAAAGGCAGGGUUGCCACAGAAGUGGGAGAUGCCAUAUCUUCCGCUCGAUCCUGCCGACAUUGGGCGCACGUACGAGGCCGUCAUAAGGGUGAACUCGCAGUCGGGGAAAGGCGGUAGCGCGUACAUCGUCGGGAAGCAGUUGCACAUGGAUCUCCCGCGCGCGGUGCAACAGGAAUUCUAUCAAGUCGUGCAGCAGCAUGUCGACCACUAUGCGCGCGAGAUGACAUCGGACGAAAUAAAAUCUGCGUUCUGCGAGUACUACCACAUCGGAGACGCAGGGUCGCAGGCGAGACUUGUCUUGGACAAAUUCGCUGUGGUCAAAAGCCCGCAGAGUGGGCACUCUCUAACGACGUUCCAAGGAAGAGUUUUCGUGGACGGCAACGUGUGCUCCCUGCGAGGGGAAGGGACGGAUCCGGUCGAAGCAUUCCUCGCAGCAGUGGAGAAGCGACUUGGCCUAGCUUUUUCCGUUAUCGAUCACCACGAGCGAAGGUCGACGGAGCCGACCAGUAAGGAUCUGACGUCAUUCUUGCUUCUGACGGAGCUUCACCAUGGGCCAUCUGUACACAUCGGUGAAACCACACGUGUACCCACCUGGGGCGUUGGCGUCGAUGAAGACCACGGGAGCUGCAGCAUUCGCGCUGCAGUGAGCUCCAUCAACAGGCAACUUGGAGCACGUCUUGUCUCGAUUGUCAGCGGGGAUUCCAGAGAGGUGAUGAAGAUCCUGCAGAAUGAGUACCGGCUGCCCAUGCCGCGAUCCAUGGACGACAUGCUGUCCGAAUUCUGCAGUAAAGGCGACAAAGAGGGUUUAGCGCCCGCUCAAGUCGCUGCACGCUUCGUCUCAUACUUUUGUCACGGGGCAUCAGGAUCGAAGGGCUCCCCGUUGUGGUCUUUCUCUAUUGCGCGCCGCACAGGCGCGGUCGGCGUCCAGCUGCAUGCCAUCGUGAAGCUGCAUGGGAUGCAGGAGAUGGUGUUCGGGACAGGCAACGACGCCGCAAGCUGCCUGCUAGAAGGAAUCGCCGAACACCUCGGGUCAUCGACCAUGCGCGAGUUCCAUGUCCGACCCCGUGGUUGUGGCGGGUACUCGGCGUUCGUCCAGGUGGAGGGCGACGGCGAUAGUGCGGGGUGGGGGAUUGGAAAUGAUGCUGACAUGACCGCCGCCGUCCUGCAGGCAACGGUGAUUGCCGCAGUGAACGCGAGCAGAACAUGA